GGGCAGCAAGAGGCUCAAGUGGUCACGGAGUCUGGAAGAGGACACAGAGAGCCACAAACUCAGAGAUGGAGCAGCCCCAGCGCCUGUUGCUCCUGCUCUCCCUUCUGUCCUACUCCUCGGUCCAUGCUGGGGCUUUGCGGAGUCAGAUUGUGGGGGGGCACGAAGCCAAACCCCACUCCAGACCCUACAUGGCAGCCCUGAAGGUCUCUGGUGAUUUCGGAUGUGGGGGAUUUCUGGUGGCCCCGGACUGGGUGAUGACCGCUGCUCACUGCAUGGGGGAUAUCACUGUCAUCCUGGGAGCUCACAAUAUCCACGAGCCAGAGGAGUCGCAGCAGGUGCUGGGAGUUGAGAGCUACCACAUGCACCCUGAAUACAACAAUGUCUUGAUAAAUAAUGACAUCCUGCUGCUAAAGCUGACAGCAAGGGCCAAGCUGAAUAAAUACGUCCAGGUCAUCCCCCUGCCCAAGACCAGCAGUGACCUCCCCCCGGACACCAGGUGCAGCCUGGCGGGAUGGGGCCUCAUUGACAAAGAGCGAAUCACCAACAGGCUUUUUGAGACAAACGUCACCAUCUACAGCCGCCGGAAAUGCCUCAACGUCUACCCCCACCUCACCGAUGGGAUGAUCUGUGCCGGCAGCUUCCACCAGCUCAAAGACUCCAGCCAGGGAGAUUCCGGGGGGCCUCUGGUCUGCAAUGGGGUGGCACAGGGAGUCGUCUCCUUUGGCUACAGCUUCCCCCCCGCUGUGUACACCCGCAUUGCCAACUACCUGCAGUGGAUCAGAAAGGUCAUGGGCUAGACGACAGGAGAGGAAGAUGCUCCAGCUUCUCCUCCACUACGUGCUGCCUUGGAGCCCUGUGCUGCUUUCUCUCUUGCUGCAUCCACUGGCUUUUCUCUCCCUUCGGGGUGUGUAUGAAAUCCCAGGGGACAAGGCUUACUCUUGCUGUCUCUGUGGCCUUGGAGCUCGGCGGCUGUGUGCCCCACAGGUCCCUUGUUACCUGGGUGCUGUUGGCUCAGAAGAGGAACGUCACAUUUUCAGCCCGACUCCCCAGGCCUGCAUUCUCACAGCCCUUCCCCACAGAUCACUGCUCCAUCCCAGCUCUGUCGCUGUGCUGCCUGGCCUGUAACAAGCCUGGAAAAUAAACUCCUGUCUGCAUUGCA